AAGCACAAAAGUGAAACUCCGCCUAUGCCUUUGAAGAUCCAGUGGAUGAGGAGACAGUCUGUACUCGGUACUAUGGUGUGUGUUUUUGGACAGGGAUGUUUGGGACACAAGUAACCGGCAGCGGGACCGACGCCGACUCCCGUUUCCAACUGUAAACACGUGGAUAGAUCAGCUGUUUUACACUGGAGCUUCACAACCAGAGCUUGUCUGGGCGCGUGUUACAUUUUGAGAGCGCGCCUGGUUAAUUUCAAGGGGAUUAAAGUUUUUUUUUUACUACCUCAGAAUGAGUGACCUAGAGGAAGACUUUGCCAAGAUUUUAAUGCUCAAGGAGGAGAGGAUACGAGAUCUGGAAAGGCGCUUGUUGGAGCGAGAAGACGAAAUCCACGAGCUGAAGAGAAAGCUGCACAAAUGUCAGUCUGUUUUACCGAGCGCGCAGAUCGGACCGCGAACGCACCGCGCGCAGGGAAUAUCAGCAGAACCGCAAACGCACCAGGAUUUAUCAAACCAAAGCUUUAGGAGAGUUGCCAAAUCGGACAGGUCAAAGGAACUGAUUAAGUCAGCUAUCCUGGACAAUGACUUCAUGAAGAAUCUUGAGAUGUCUCAGAUCCAGGAGAUAGUGGACUGUAUGUAUCCAGUGGACUAUGAAAAAAACAGCUGUAUUAUUAAAGAAGGGGACGUGGGCUCCCUCGUCUACGUCAUGGAAGAGGGAAAGGUUGAAGUGACUAAAGAAGGAUUGAAGCUGUGCACUAUGGGACCAGGAAAGGUGUUUGGAGAGCUCGCCAUCCUUUAUAACUGCACCAGGACGGCCACUGUGAGAACUGUGACCAGUGUGAAGUUAUGGGCCAUCGACAGACAGUGCUUCCAGACCAUCAUGAUGAGGACAGGACUCAUCAAACAUGCAGAGUACAUGGAGUUAUUGAAAAGUGUCCUGACGUUCCGGGGUCUUUCAGAAGAAAUAUUGAGCAAGCUGGCUGAUGUCCUUGAGGAGACACACUAUGGGGAUGGCGACUACAUCAUUCGCCAGGGGGCAAGAGGAGACACAUUCUUCAUUAUCAGUAAAGGAAAGGUGACGAUGACUCGAGAGGAAUGUCCGGGUCAGGAGCCCAUCUACUUGCGCUCAAUGGGGAAAGGAGACUCAUUUGGGGAAAAAGCCCUACAAGGGGAGGACAUCAGAACAGCUAAUGUCAUCGCAGCAGAGACUGUCACCUGCCUUGUGAUUGACAGAGACUCAUACAAACACCUGAUUGGAGGUCUGGAAGACGUAUCCAACAAAGGCUGUGAAGAUGCAGAGGCAAAAGCAAAAUAUGAGGCAGAGAACGCUUUCUUCUCCAACCUCAACCUGUCUGACUUCAACAUCAUCGACACUCUUGGAGUUGGAGGAUUUGGGCGUGUUGAACUGGUGCAGCUCAAGAGUGAUGAGGUGAAGACAUUUGCAAUGAAGAUCCUAAAGAAGCGCCACAUCGUGGACACGAGACAGCAGGAGCACAUCCGAUCAGAGAAACUAAUUAUGCAGGAGGCGCAUUCAGAUUUUAUAGUCAGACUCUAUAGGACGUUUAAGGACAGUAAAUACCUCUACAUGUUAAUGGAGGCGUGUUUAGGUGGAGAACUGUGGACUAUCCUCAGAGACAGAGGAAACUUUGAUGAUUCAACCACACGGUUUUACACGGCAUGUGUGGUGGAGGCGUUCGCUUACCUGCAUUCCAAAGGCAUCAUAUACAGAGACCUCAAACCAGAGAACCUGAUACUAGACCACAGAGGCUACGCCAAACUGGUGGAUUUUGGCUUUGCUAAGAAGAUCGGCUUUGGGAAGAAGACAUGGACAUUCUGUGGUACUCCAGAGUAUGUGGCACCAGAGAUCAUCUUGAAUAAAGGACAUGACAUCUCCGCAGAUUACUGGUCCCUCGGCAUCCUCAUGUACGAGCUACUGACCGGCAGUCCUCCUUUUUCAGGACCAGAUCCAAUGAAAACAUACAACAUCAUUCUAAGAGGCAUUGACAUGAUAGAAUUCCCCAAAAAAAUAACCAAAAAUGCUGCCAAUCUAAUCAAAAAGCUAUGCAGAGACACACCUUCUGAAAGACUAGGAAACUUGAAAAACGGUGUUAAAGACAUCCAGAAGCACAAAUGGUUUGAAGGGUUUAACUGGGACGGAUUGAGGAAGGGGACACUGACGCCCCCUAUCAUUCCUAAUCUAACAUCAUCCACGGACACCAGUAACUUUGACAGCUUCCCAGAGGACAAUGAAGACCCACCGCCUGAUGAUAAUUCAGGCUGGGAUAUAGACUUCUAAACAGGCCCAAACACACGUGCACACAUACACAGACACAGACACACAACGUCGGCCUGGGAUACACAUGCUGACCUACCAAACGGACUGAGGGAGAAGAGGAAGAUGGAUUUUAUUACAUCAUGAAUUGAAGUGACUCAAGACCCGGAGACAAAAAGUGAAUGUCUUGCGCGAGCGUGUCUGUGUGCGUGUUCACCUUUGACCCUUAAUAACCACCUUUACUGUGAGAUAACCGAGGAGACAGUCCAUUUAGGGAAAAGGCUGUGACCUCAGUGAUUUGUUCUUCUCCCUGAUUGGCUGUAAACUCUUCAUCAAUCCGUGUGCAGACUACUCUAAAGAAGACCACACUGUAUGUCGCAGGAGUCCCGUCAGACCUGAAUGUUGCUCUUAAAGUAAUACUCAUUCCUUUUAGCACAUGUACAUAACAGCUUAAUAUCACUACACCGAAAAACUCACACGUACGCUGGCGUUCCUCACAUUUAUCGGUUUAUCGCUAAAGUGUAUCAUAAUACGUCAAUCAUAAGACUCAGUUUCACCCUCUUCAAACACAGACAUUAUAGACGCAUCUUCUCGCCUCUCUUUGCUGUUAAUUUAUUGUUGUGCCAGUUGGCCAUUACAGGUUAUGAUAUUCUGAGCCCAGCGCUGGGUCUCAAACGUAUCCCAUGAAAUGAUGUGCCUCGAAUUCAUAGCUCCACUGAUGGUGUACUGUAUUUAUUGUCUCAGAUUUAUAAUAAUGAUGAGGUAAGUACUGACCACUGUGAACGGCCAGAUUUUAAACAGGAACGGACCUGGGAUUGGUUUUCCUUUUAUGGCCAUUUCUUAAACCUGGCUAAUUCGACUGCAGGUACAACAUAAUCCUGAUUUGUCCAGAGAUUCAGCCGUGUCAGAUCAUGAACAGUAUUAGUGCCUUAAAUCAUUGGCAUUCUGCUACGCUCCUCAUGCUGCAUGUCAGAGUACGAUCCCUUCAGCCCGCUGCUGUCCAUCUGUCUAGUUCUUUUUUUUACACAAUAAAGCGACUGUUUUAGACACUCCCUGUAUCCUCA